AUGGCAAGUAUACAAGGAGUUGAGAAGAGACGCAAUGUGCAAGCUCAAAAAAUGAAUCUCCCUAACCUUACUAGAGGACUUCAAACUACAUUCAGCAAGUUGCCUGAGAAGAAGAAAUUUGUGAAGCCUCCGAAUACCAUAAAAUUAAAGCAGACUAAUAGAAAAUUCAAGAAGAAUAAUGAUUUCAGACUGGAGUAUCAUAGAGAUAAGAGUAUUUCUAAACAGGCUAACUCCCCAAGGCCAACAAUGAAGAUGAACAGAUGGGUUGCACUGAGUAAUAACAGAGCAAACCCCAAUAAGUCUAGGGUAAUGAGAACACGGAGGGCUAUUAAUAGACCUUCCCAUGUUAGCCCUACCCCUAAACGCAUGUUUGUACACAAAAACAUUCAUCUAUUGAAAUUCCCAACUAGACAGAAGAACCGAUUUGCUAGCCCAGGACUGAAUACAAAAUUCAGCAUAUUUUCGCCUGCCAAGAGAAAUAUUUUUACUCCUAAAUAAAAAACUAUCACGUGUGUCACCUGCGAAGUAUGAGGUGUUUACUAAAGACUGACCUCUUCAGAGCGGUUCUCGAUAUGAAAAUUCAAUAUAUUCUUCAGAAGAUAAAGAAGAGAAAGAAUUGAAGAGUGUUUUUGCAAAUUCAAAUAUUAAACUUGAGAAAGUUAUUCCUAAACCAAUAUAAAGGAUAAUAUCAAAGAUACCUCAAAGCAGCUGUAUAACUAUCUGAAUGAUGUUGCUCCAGAAACGAAGCCGGGAUGAGCUAAGUCUUCAAAACCUUCUAGAAAAGAUACUAAUUUCUUCUAUGAACUUUCGAAGACUGUUCAAGACAAUAUGAAGACAAAGAUGUCCAGAAAUAACUAUAUACAAGGGGAUAAAAAGAGAAAAGAAGCAGAUAUUUUUAAUUUUGAGCUAUGUGAUACUUUACAAAAUCAUUUAGCAGAUACUCAGCCUACAACCAACUGUAAGAAGCCUGCACUAACCUUCAUUGACAGCACAUUAGAAGAGAUUCUUGGAGAGUACCCAUGUAAUCGUUAA